UUCAUAAACAGCUCGUCAACCACCUCGGUAGCUUGCUAACCAACAUAGCCGAAAGAUUCAAGCUAUUUAUACGCUUUCGGUCUAUAUUAGCUACCGUGUUUUAGACACACUUCUGUCGUAUCUACUUGUAAACCUAUUUAAUUUAAUAUUACGUUAUUCUUUUAGUCAGCUAUAGUAGCUGGCUGGUUAAGUUAGCACUAGCCUAGUCGCUAAUGAUAGCUAGCUAGCUAACAUCCCCGAACAUGAGCUCCCUAAACUUCUCCCCUCCUGUUAAAGAAGAGGUCUGCUGGACGGAGAAAGAAGCUCUGGGGCUGAAUAUUGUCGUGAAAGAGGAGAAGGAAGAAGAGGAUGUCACAGUAAAACAAGAAGUAGAGGUUGAGGCUGUUACAGUGAAAGAAGAAGAGAAAGACGUUUCAGUGAAAGAAGAGGAUGACUGGUUCAGAGUGAAAGAGGAGGAUGUUACAGUAAAAGACGAGGAGGAAGAGAAAGAGGAGGAUGCGGUUUUUGGAGUGAAAGAGGAGGAGGGGGAGAUUACUGUCACAUUGGAGAAAGAAGAGGAGGUUGGAGAUCUGUUUAACACCAGAGAGAGACGGGACUAUCGUGAGUCCUCUGGGGAGCCUCAACAACAUCAUGAUGAUGACAAGGUAGAGCAGAGUCUCUCCACAUCAGAACACCUCAAGAAACACCUGCAGAUUCCCUCCGGGAAGAAAUCUAUUUGCUGCUCUGACUGUGGGAAAUGUUGCAAAUCUUCAUCAGAACUUAAAAUACACCAGCAAGUCCACACAGGGGAGAAAUCAUACUGCUGCUUUGACUGCGGGAAACGUUUCUCAAGAUCAAAUUCACUAAAAGUACACCUGAGAAUUCACACUGGAGAGAAAUCUCACCACUGUUUUGAUUGUGGGAAGAGUUACUUAAGAUUAAAAUCACUAAAAGUACACAUGAGAAUUCACACUGGAGAGAAACCUUAUAGCUGUGAUCAAUGUGGGAAAAGUUUUACUAUAUCUAGCUGUUUGACUAUACAUCAGAGAACACAUACAGGAGAGAAACCAUAUAGCUGUAUUCAAUGUGGGAAGAGUUUCACGACAUCUAGCCAAUGGAUUGUACACCAGAGAACACACACAGGAAAGAAACCUCUUAGCUGUACUCAAUGUGGGAAGAGUUUUACUCACUUAGGCAGCCUGUUAUCACACCAGAGAAAACACACAGGAGAGAAAUCUUAUAACUGUGACCAAUGUGGGAAGAGUUUUACUCAGUCAAGCAACCUGGUAUCACACCAGAGAACACACACAGGAGAGAAACCUUAUAGCUGUGAUCAAUGUGGGAAGAGUUUUACUAAAUCUAGCAGUCUUAUUGUACACCAGAGAACACACACAGGAGAGAAACCUCAUAGCUGUGCUCAAUGUGGGAAGAGUUUUGUUACAUCUAGCCGUCUUAUUGAACACCAGAGAACACACACAGGAGAGAAACCUCAUAGCUGUGCUCAAUGUGACAAGAGAUACUCUGAUAAAAGAUCGCUGAUCAAACAUCAGAAAAUACAUACAUGAAGGAGUUGUAUCAUGAUAUCAAUGAAAUAAUGUCACAAUGUAGAAUGUUUUAACAUUGUAGUAGGAGUAUUUUAAUGAUGUCAUAGUGUAGAAUGUUUUAACAUUGUAGUGGGAGUAUUUUAAUGAUGUCAUAAUGUAAAAUGUUUUAACAUUGUAGUAUGAGUAUUUUAAUGAUGUCACAAUGUAGAACCCGAAACGUUUGUCCCCUGUUCUAUUGAUUUCAACAUGAUAUGGAUAUUAGCCUCAAGGGGAAAAUCCAGGCUCUGAAAUGGAAGAGUACUAUUUAUGAGAUUUAACAAAAAGUGACUAACAAAAAAAGGGUUGUGUUACACUUACCAUGUUGGCAACCCACUUGAAUCAACAUGUAGCUAGCUGUUUUCUACAUAUUGUCCUCUAACCAGGGAUGUACACAUUAUUCCCAGAUUCCGUGUGGUUUUUGGUCAGUUAGUUUUAACAGGACAUGCAACCUCAUCUCCCUCCUCUCCCACAAUUGAUUUCAAUGUGAUAUCGAUGAGAUGAUGACAAAUAAGUGUUGGGUUCCUUUGUUUAGCGAUCCCUAAAUUUAAAUGCGUCACUCCAAAAUGUAGCUGACUGUCUUCUGCAGGUUGUCCUCUAACCAGUGAGGUGAAAGAUAUCUCCCAUUUCCAUGUGUUUUUUUAGUUGUGUUAGUUUCAACAGCACGAACAACCUGAUUUCCCCCCUAAUUGAUAUCAGUGAUUUAUUGCUACUUGUAAAAACAACAGCGUUUCUGGUGCUUGUGCAGUUUAUAAGGAGCUUGUUCAAAUAAAUACAAGUAAUAUGAUUAUUGUGGCAGAUGUUUGUGUAAAUAGCACAUUUUAUGUUUAGGUUUUCAAUAUAUCACAAACUGUUUCUGCAUAUUGGUUAUUGAUUUAGACACGUUAAAACGGUGUUUUGACAUUGGGGCUAUUCCACCUACCAAAAUGAAAUUAAAAAGACGACUAUGCCCGACGUGAAAGUUGAAAAUAUGUAUUUUCGGGUCGUUUUUUCAAUGACUUGAAAACAACUUAUUUUCAAAGUACUUGCACUCUAUACACAUGGACACACUAUAAUAAAUUGGUCUAUAAUCAAUUUUAUUAACAAUUUUACAUCACUCCAGUAUUUAUUUACAACAUUCAAAUGCUAAUUGUCUUUAUUCCACUACUGAAGAAGCAUGACUCAAAUCACCUCAUAUUUCAAACAUUCAGCCUGACAAAAGAUACAUGUUUUAUUAUUCCAUGCCUCACCAUUAAGUGAAUUAUUGCCAAUACAUAUUAACAAAGGGGUGUACAUUUGGUUUUGAUAUUUCAUAUUUACAAUUCAUGUAACAUUUAGUAAUCAUAAUUAUUUAUGCAACCAACUGACUUUUUUUGUGUACAAUUAUAUUGACAUCGUUAUCCUGCUUUUAGAAAAUCAGGGUUCAUUCUCAGAUGUGCCAACCCAAAUGUACUAGAGCAUGACAUUGGGGACUGGGCCCAAAUCCAACAACAUGCCUAUCGGAUGAACCCUGAAAAGAGAGAGAAGCUCUGCAGUGAGGUGGGAAGUUACUAUGGAUAUUGCAGGAGUUUCCUCUUGAAAUCAGACAUGUCCGCGGUAAGGACAACUUGGUUGCUGAUUGUCUCAAGGGUGGGCAGUCAAAAAGUUUUGUGUUUUGCGUUUAGCCAGUGUGUUGCCAUGGAUAACAAUUUAUUUUGACUGCACGUUUUUCCGUAUUGGAGAUGGGUUUUGUUUGGGCUCGUGUCAAGGGGACGAGAGUUCUUGAAGCUAGUGAGUAUUAGGUUUUUUUUGUGGGAAAAAUAAAUAUUGUUUUUAAUUGUUGUUAGACAGACACCAUGUUUAUAUUGGUGAAGGUGAAGCAUUGUAGUUGAUUAUAAUGUGAAAUGUAAGUUGUUUUCUGUUGGUGGUGAGCAUUUUCUUGAGGUGUUAGUCUUUGGUUUUUCCAUUUAUGUUUUGAGGUUGUUCGUUAGCACAUAUAGCUCGUUAGCACGUAUAGCUCGUCAGCACGUAUAGCUCGUUAGCACGUAUAGCUCGUUAGUCAGUAUGUUUUACACCUGUGCUGGCUUGUCCAUCUCGUUAGUGGGAAGGUGUUUCACCUGAGCUGGUCCAGGUUCUAUUUAAGAGUGUCUGGCCCAGUGCUCCAGUUGUCUUGAUAGAUGUGGAGAGUCAACACCUUUAGUUGCUCCACCUUUUUGGUUUGCUUCCUGUCUUUAUGUUUGUGGGUUUUUCUAUUGUUUGACACUUCUUGGUUAGAUUUAGUGGGUCUCAUGGUGGGUGUCUUUUAGGUCCCAGUUGUUGUUACUAGUCAACUUUCAGUGGACACCCCCAUAGUGUCUUUCAGAACCCCUCCUAAUAAACAAGCCUAUAUUUUGGAUUGGAUAUUGCAUCCAAUUAAUAUUUUAAUCAAUUGCAUUUCCUUAAGGUGCUCAGUUGUCAGUCUUCAAUAUUUAUUUUAAUUGUUUUUUAUUUGUUUUUUUCCAUUGUGUUGUACCCUGUCUGAAAUGUGCUGUAUAAAUAAAGCUUAAUUUGAUUUGAACAAAUGAACAAUCAA